UUGGUCAGGCCGGAAGGCCCCACCUCCGACUCUCCGAGCAGCAAAGCUGCAAUGUUCCGCAACAAAGUCCUCGUGCGCGCCCGCGCCGUCCCCUCCGCGCCACCUCCUCCGUUCAUCCUCCGACAACUCUCCUUCCCCGCCGCCGUCCCCGCCCUCGACCUCGACAUCCUCUGCUGCAGGCUCUCCCGCCGCCACCGCCUCGCGUGCCUCCCCCAGCCCCCGUCCGACGUCCUCGUUGUCUACCAGAGAUGCCAGUCUUGCGCUGCCGCGGAGGCCGUGUCGGGGAUCGCGGAGGCGUUCGAGGGUGCCGCGGUUGGCGAGGAGGAGGAGGUGGUUUGUUCGGGCUCACUGGUUGCGAAAGCUGUCGAGUGCGACCUGCGCUCCCUGAUGCUUGAGCAUGGAUGGAGGUGUCUUGGGGAGAGCGUGUAUGUCCUUUCGACGUUUGCUGAUACUAAGGAGAGAACUGACCAAUGCACGGUGAACGUGGAAGUCAAGCUUGGGAGAAAUGAUGAUAUUGAAUUUGCUGUCUCACCAGAUGCACUUCGGUUUACAACACCUAAGUUCUCUGAUUUUGUUAGCUCUGAUGAGAUGGAAACAUUUGAAAACGGCAAGGAAGUAAUUUUGGAUUAUUGUAAUUUCCGAACAGCAUGUACUACUCUUCCAACCCUUCAGGAAGGCCAUGUGAUAGGUUUUAGCAAGACACUCCCUACAGGACAGUGCUUGGACAAGUUUAUGCAGCUUUGCUCACUUAAGCAUGAUUUAGAGGCAGACUACAGUCAUUAUGCAGCAGUCAGAUUUGGUUACGAAUCUUCCCAUGAAAUAUGGUUGCCUUGUUCAUUUGUUCUACAAGGUUCAGGGCUCCAACCAGCCCCCAAAUCUUCUAGAGCAUCAAGGGCAAUGUGUGCCUUGCAAUCCUUUAUGGGAUUAUUGAAUGCUUGGAACUUCUUUGGCCAGAAUCAACUAGUAAUUAAGGAGCAGUUACUACUCAAUUCUACAGCAACUCUGCCUACCUGGGAUAAGGCUAUGAGCAGUGCAAGAACUAACAACUCUGAGGAUCUUAGACUAGUUCAUACAAAUAUUUUGACGAAUGAUCAAUCUUUGGCUCUAGACUUUCGCACUCCGAAACCUGCUGUUCUAUGUUCUACAAGUAUCAAACCAUGGAAUACCAAAGUUCAGAUGACAAGUCUAUCUCUUGACAAUGAUGACACUGGCAAUAGAAAAGGCUCCAUCAAUUAUGAUUGCCAAACCCAGUCCAUUGUUCGAACCAAUUUAUGCAAGUCACAAGUUGCCUUAUUGAAGCCGUCAUUCAGCAGAGGUAAAUCAGAACAGGGACACAAAAGAAAGCAUUCUUCAGAACAUUCUGAUGCAGAUAACUCGGACAAAUUGAGACAUACUUCUCUGACAAAUUCAACACUGGUUUCUGGAGGUCAUAAAAGAAAGCAUGCAGAGUCUCUGGAUAGAAAUUGUCAAGAAGUAUCAAAAGUGCAUUUACAGGAUUACUCACAAAAGGAAAAUUUGGAUACAAGCAGGAAGAGUAAAGAUUGUAUACCUCAAGUCCCAGAUGAGACUAGAGCAAUACCAGGUGUCAAGAAUGAUAUGCUUAGCACUAAGGUAAUGAAACCAACAUUGAAGUGUGUAGUCAGCAAUGAUGAGAAAACUGCACCAACAAAUUCAAAGACUAAACAGAAGGUUCGCAAAGAUGUGUUAACUGCAGUAACAAAACCAACAAUAAGAACAGAAGAUGUCAAAGACCACUUCACUAAAAAGGUGGUAGAUAAUCAGAAGGAUGAGCUAAUGAAAAAGGCAACAAAGGCAAAAGGAAGGAGAGUAGUUAACAGCACUGAGUUAACUUCAAUGAACUCAAAAACAAACUCUGAUGUACUCAAUGAUGACAUAGUUAGAAAGGUGACAGAUCAUCAGAAGCGAGGUGAGCUGCGUUUGCUAACAGUUGCAGAUCUGAAGUGCUUCCUUAGUGCAAGAAAAGUGAAGGUUGGAGGGACAAAGGAAAUGCUUAUCAAAAGAGUCGCUGAGCUCAUUGGUUAACAUAUAGGUACAAGUUUCUAACAUGUGCAGUCUGCAAAGCACAAGUAGACUUGUGAAGAGAAUUCGGUUAUCAUUUUUCUUUCUCAUUUUAAAAUGAGUUCCUGCUGACAUAAAUCUUGGGAAACAUGGAGCAGUACGUGAGAGACACUAUAAAAUGUCACAUGUCAAGGUAUAGAUAGAGUUCAAUCUCAUGCAUAUGGCCCAAGUUGGCACUCUGCUAUACCCAUUAAGACAGACACAUCCGACCCCAAAUGAAGACCAAUUAAGUACGGAAGAAUUACCGUCUACUGACAUCAUCAGUGAUGCUAUGGCAGCUGAACAAGCCUCAUCAUGAACACUUGAACAGAAUUAGCAGCCUUUGUCUAUACCAAAGAAUAGACAGCACAACUCAGCCCUUUUAAGUUGUAACCAGUUUGGUGCUUCUGCCGUAGCACCCUUAGGUUGUGUUCUCUACCCUGCUGAGGUUGCUCAGAUCUUUCAACAAGUGCUUUUAUUACCAUGGCAGGCUAGGUUUCGAGGCCCUGUUUAGUUCCAAAGUUUUUUUCCAAACUUCCAACUUUCCAUCACAUCAAACCUUUCAUAUACACACAACUUUUCUAUCACAUUGUACCAAUUUCAACCAAACUUUCAAACUUCAGUGUGAACUAAACACAGCCGAAUCUCCCAAAUCCCAACGGAGUUUCCGUAAAAUCUCCCAAAUCCCAAUGGAGUUUUCGUAAAAUCUAAGUCAUCUUCUCAGUUUUGCUAACAUGGGAUGCUUGAAAUUUGUAUUUCUUGUUUAAAUCAAAUAACUAUUUUGAAUUUGCUGUUA